UUUCGAAACCUGUGACACUCCUAAAUCUGGUGUUUAAUUAGCAUUUGAUUUUAUCAGAAGUUGUUAAGAAACAGAAGAAAAAAAUGGGAGACAGCACAAUGACAUGCGUAGACAUUCUUUUGGCAAUCAUCUUGCCUCCCCUUGGUGUUUUCCUUAAGUUUGGCUGCCAGGUGGAGUUCUGGAUCUGUGUUUUGCUGACUCUAUUUGGAUGGCUGCCUGGUAUUGUCUAUGCUGUUUGUGUCCUAACCAAGUGAUUCAAUUAUCUUCCUUAAUUCCCUAUGGUGGAUAUGUGAAUUUAGGCCAUUAUCAAGUCUCUUCAUUUCCGCUAAUCGAGUAUCUAGCUGCUGUUUAAUUAAUUCUUGGAUAGUUCUGGUGGUGUGUUUCUUCUAAGUUGAUCCUUUAUUUGUUUUUCUUUUUCUUUUUGUUAUUUCUCUCUUGUGUGUUUUCAAUAGAGAAAUUAUUGAUAGAGUGUUGAUGAAGCCACGUAUCGUAUUUCAAUGUCUUCAUUACAUUGGCUGUAAUUCGCUUGGAUUAUAAUGUUAACUUCCAUUCUGUUAUUUUAA